AUGGUCGGCGGCCGCCCGCGGGCCGACUUUGACCAACACAAGGACCUGAUCAUCAAGCUCUACCAGGACAAGACGCCAUGGUCCAAGAUCGAGGAGGUCCUCCUCAACGACCAUGGCUGCAGGGCAAAGUCGAGGACGAUCAUGCGCCGCUUCAAGGAGUGGGACCUCGACUUCCACCGCGUCAUCACCACCAGGUCUGACGACCUCAACCGCCACAUCAAGUCCUACUGGGAGGACCGGUCCACCAGGCCCAAGACCGACGAGGAGCUGCUGGCGAGGCUGCACGCCGACGGCUUCACCGUCACCCUGAGUGCCAUCAUCCAGAUCCGCAAGCAACUGAACCUCUACCGCCGCUGGGACGAGAGACUCGGCAGGCACAGGCCCGACUCGGAGCUCGGCAAGAGGGGCAGGCGGAGGCAGAAGCACAACGCUGUCUUUACCGAGGCGAAGCUCGUCCCUCCCCCCGAUGCUUCGGAAUGCGAGGACGUGGAGCAGGAAUCCGGGCAGAGCAUUGGCGGCAGCCCGGCCGGUCAGGCCUCACCGCCCCACCCAGCACGUCCGCCCGCGCGGUCAGUACAACAGCCCGAACAGAACAUCCAACUCGCGCCUGGGCUGGAUCAGGCGAUGAGCAGUGGUGCGCAUCCAGAGAUCACAAGCAGAGAUGUGUGA